UAGACUAUAAAGAUAUGGUCAAGUGAACUUGGCUUUCUCUUCUCUCAGCUUUGACUUAUGAGAUUGAGCUGCCUUGAUCGUCGUGCACCGCCAUCGGCCAUCGCUGUCAUCAAGCCAGAAGGUGUACUGUGUGCAUCUAAAGUUGUACAUCCUUUUUAAUUUCGAGAUUCUCCGGAAAUUUGAGCAAUUCCUCCCUCUCAUCUUCCUUCCUCUUUUUCACCGGUUAACAAGAAUUAUGAAUCCGAACACUGAUAAGUUGGUGCGAAGAACAACAAUGGUGGCCACAGUUACCGCCGGUUAUUUUCUUCUAACCGCUGAUUAUGGCCCCGAGCCUAAUGUUCUUGAUCCCAUCAAGAAUGCCAUACAAUCUGGGGAACAAGCGGUCAAAAAUUUCUUCUUUGGAUCGAAGGGAGGAGUCCAAGAAGCCGAGAAACCAACAUCUGAUGCUGCGUCAGGGAAACAUCCUUAAUCUUUCAGAGAACAUAGCCAGAUUCUCCUCUGGUUUUCCAAGGUUCUUGUGGUGUUUUUACUCCUAAUUUCCCUUAGAAUGCAAACCUUGAUGAACCACCAGUAGUACUGAUGUAGAUGUAAAUCUUGGGUUGCGUACUAUGUAAAAUCUUGUUGGUUAGAUUUUUCUUAUAACCUUGUUAAACAUGAUUAGUUACAUUUCUUUUCUGUUUAGUUACAUGUUUUUUUUU